CAACAACCUCAGGUAAAUCAGACAAAGAAGCAGAUGUGUCUAUUCGAUUCAAAGGAAAACCUCAAGUGCCCCGUGGUGUAUCUGAUGGAGGGUAUUAAUCCUGAUAUGGAAUACUCUUCACUCGAAAGCGUCUCAUCGAAUGAAGACAUACUGUCUGAACUUCCCCCGUUGGAAAAAAUUUUAUCUCCAGUCAAAAAUCUCUUAGAAAAAGUUCUCGACACCAGCCCUGGCUCCUUACCAUCUGCCUAA